AUGCUGGCGAUGAUGGACAAGGGCCCGAGUCGGCGCUCACUGCAGCGCAGCCACGUGGCGGUGGGCGUCUUCUCCGGCAUCGACUUUGUGGCCGGCCGGAUCCAGGCGUGCGCCAACACGUGGGCGGCACGGACAGCGCUGGAUCAUGUGGUGUUUGUUAUCGAGUCGGUCGACGACGAACUGGCGGCCAAAUGGCCGGCGGUCGAUCUGGUCCCGCUACCACCGCGCGUAGCGGCGACGGCCUGCACCGACGCCUCCAAGUACUCGCGAUGUACGCUGCACAAGAACUGGCACGCACUCACCGUCCUCCACGCCCGAGCCCAGGCAGAGGAGCUGGACAUCCGCUGGUAUCUGACGGUUGGCUGCGACACGUACGUGGCGACGGCCAAUGCACUUGCUGUACUUGACGGCUACGACCACACUAGGCCGCACCUGGUCGGCCAGUGCUGGCACCUAAGCCCGGACGCCGGCUCUGUACCGGGCCUAGCUCGCGGCGGGCUUUACGCCAACGGCGGCGGCGGCAUCGCAAUCUCGGCCGCGCUCAUGGACAUCCUCGCGCCGCGGAUCGACGCCUGGAUCGCUGCCGACGGCGCCACGCCGUAUUCGGAUCUCUCCAUCGCAGGUCUCGCUGCUGAGGCUGCAGGUGCAGUUUGCGAGCACAGCGAUGCCUUCCACGGCUACGCACCGCGCUGGUAUGCGGCGCGGCCGCGCGGACGCGAUGAUCCCUGGGGCGAGCUCCACUCUGCCGCCGCCACCUUUCACUACAUGUCGCCGCACGACCAGUACGCACUUUCGCAGCAGCUCGGGCUGGAGGCCACCGACGCGGUCGCCGCGGCCGAGUCUGGCGCCUGCCCACGCCUCCAUGCCCUCGCUCGCGCGCUCGUUCGCGACCACCACGCUGUGCUAGAAGCCCAGGCCGAGUCGCUCCUGAUGUGCGCGGUCGGUGGCGAUGCCGAACGAGCCGCUCGAGCCAGCCGCGUCACCUACUGA